CAAACAGACCACACUGGCAAGUACACAAUUCGAUCUGGGUCUUUGAAAUCCCUUGUCGGACUUCGUUCAUUCCCAUAUUUGAUGGGAAAUCAGACCUCCUCUAUUUUUUAGUGAUCGGAAUCUGUACAACAACAUGGAAGAAGUCGCGGUUUUCCGAUCUACAAAGCGUAGAAAAAUCAGCCGGCCUCGUCAUCAUCAAGAGUCUCCAGCGCGGGAUGCCGAUCAAGCUUCAUCCACCGACCAGCUGGGAGGGCCAGCAGCCGCAGUCGAAAACAGCACCACGGAGGUCUCAGCAGAACCCGAUGAAGUCCAUGUGUCAAACUUGGUACGCGCAAGGAAGAACUAUCGAACUCGCGCCGGUGGUGUACACUUUUCGACUGCAGAUGCGUCUUCAGAUCACGACCUGAAACAAAUUGAGGCAGCAGCUAUGGUCCGAAGCGACGGCCAGGUUCCUGAAAAGCGCAUAGAUAUCUCCGACCGGUUUACCAGCGGUACGGGCCAGGUAGUGAACGAUGAUCAUCACAUGAUUGCAUACAUAGAUUCGGAAAUGGCUAAACGACGCAAUCUUGCUGGUGCUACUGCAGCACCAACCAUGAACGACACACCGCAAGCACAAUCCCACGAGGAUUUCACAAAGCCUAAGCCGGUAUCAGCGUCUGACAAGAACCCAGUUGCUACUCCGCAGCAAACGGUAUCUCUCAGCGGUCGGCCUGCUGCCCGGCAACUUGCAGAAGUCGAUCUUGGGUCUUCUGUCCACGACGGGAAUCUCGCACGUACGCAAGCGGCACUGGAAAGGGCCAAACUGGGCCUGCCUCCCGUCGAAGACGAGAUCAAGCCGCCAAAGCCGCGCAAGCCACGACUCGGCCGUGACGGCAAACCGUUCAGACCUCGGCCCCGGAAGCGGCGGAACAGCGAGGACCUCGCCCGUGAUGCCCUCGUGGAACAGUUGAUGCGGGAGAACAAACUCGACAUUUACGCCGCGAAUGAGUUGGUGAGAGAGCGGGAACGACAGGCCGGAGGAGCGGAGAGCGGAGGCGACGACCACCACUCGGGCGAGAGUGACGCCGAUGAACGAAUGGCAGAACAGUUCCGGCAGGACUUCAUGGACGCAAUGGCCGAGAGGAGACAGAGGGCCAGGGCCAAGGCACAAUCAAAAUCGACUUCCGGUGCUCCAACAGAGUCCAGAGGUCCGAAGCUGGGAGGCAGUAGAAGUGCGAGGGCGAAGAUGCACCAGCAGCAACAGCAGCAACAGCAGCAACAGCACCAGUCAGGUGCGCCUGGAAAGAAGUGAUUAGCCCAAAAAAGCCUUUGUGCACAGCGAUGGAACUUUGACCGAGUACACUGUCAUAGGUUUCCAAGGAAAGGGGACAUGAAGCAGCAGUGCUGGGAUUUGCACUUUUGAAUAUAGGACAUUUGAGUGUUUGAGUGGGUUCGAUCCUCGCCUCGUGAGCACUCAAUCAAUCAACAUGACCUCAGAGCCUCGAGGCUGGGAACAUCACCACCUAACUAGGCAUAUUCGAUCCUCAAUAUCAAACAAGAUCAUGAU